AUGGCGGCCCUGCUGGCACGGCCACCGCAUGCGCCCUGGCUGGUGUGCUCACGGCUGCGUGCGCCAAUACCGAUAUCCAUAGCAACACCAGCGGCAGCAGCAAAGCCAUCGGCACCACGAUGGCUGACCACCGGCGCCGGCGAGCUCGACAGACUGCUCGACCGCGUCAGCCAACCUCCGGACGAGGAGCAGCAGACCCAGCCUGUUGUGCAUGUUGUGCACUCGGUCGGCCGCAAUCCAUAUGCCAACCUGGCCAUUGAGCACCGGCUCUUUGAGCGUGCGCACCCGCAGAGCCGCCUGCUGCUGCUGUACCGCAAUGCGCCGUGCGUCGUCAUCGGCCGCAACCAGAACCCCUGGGCCGAGGUGAACCUCAACCAGCUGUCGGCACGGGCACGGCCCACAGGUGUUCCACAAGCUGUUCCACAAGCACCGCCGCUCGACGACGUGCAUCUGGUCCGCCGCCGCUCCGGUGGCGGUGCGGUGUACCACGACGCCGGCAAUGCCAACUGGAGCGUGCACAUUCCGGCGGCCGGCUUCGACCGCGACCAGCAUGCACUGAUGGUUGCACGCGCCCUGCAGACGCUCGGUGUCACCAGCGCACGGGUCAACGAGCGGCACGACAUUGUGGUGGGGUCCGGUAGUGCGGACGACGUCGGCGAGUACAAGAUCUCCGGGUCGGCGUACAAGCUGACGAACCGACGGGCUCUGCAUCACGGCACCUGUUUGCUGGGAGCGGACUUGGCCGCCGUGUCGGGCCUGCUGCGUGCGCCUCCCGCGGCACCGUACCUCAAGGCACGCGGUGUGGCGUCUGUGCGGUCGCCCGUGCGGAAUGUGACGCUGGUGGGUGAGGACGUCGAGGGCGCCCAUGAUCCGCACGAUCAUUUUGGCUCCACGGUGGCUGCCGAGUUUGAGCGCAUGUAUGGCCCGGCGGCGAGCAAGACGGUCAUCAAUGCCGACGCAAUGGCGGCGGAUGAGAGUGGUGGCCGCGGCGGGUUUGCUUUUGACCCAAAGCUGGCCAGCGGCUACAACGAGUUGAUGACCGCCGACUGGCUGUUUGGGCAGACACCACAGUUUACGUUCUCCACGCAAGCCACAGAAGAAGACCCGCGCGAGCGCCCUCUACGGCCGUUGGAUGUGCCUCCGCACUUUGACCUGGCGUUCACUGCACGCCACGGACGCCUACAGGAGGUGACUAUCACGGGCCUCCCAUAUGCCUCUGGCAGCGAUGCGGCAGUCAGCAGUAGUUUGGAUAUCGAGAAGGCGACGGCCACCGCCCUCGAAGACCGUCUCCUGUACGGCAUUCGUGACUGGCGGGCCGUCCUGGCCGAAGCGAGUCCUGUUCCACUCGACACAGCGAGGGCAUCGGCCACUGGCCGCUGGCUGAACGAGCUGUUUGGCGUGCAGUGCUAUUAG